GUGGCGGAGCUGCCCCCGCCAGCGUCACGUGACCGCCCUGUGCUGCUCCGGUCCCGCCCGCCUCUGCCGCAGGAGAAAGGCGGCGAGCAGCAGGGUGACUGCGCUGGCCUUGGAGAGGCCAUUGGCUUGCGAGAUGACUGACAGCAGCAUGAACAACGAGUCCAAAAAGAUGUGGGGCUCACGUCCGUUUUGGGGCGUUGGGUCUGAAUUCGACCCUUCAUGGGUGCUGACCGACCGGCAGAAGAAGCUCCAGGCGGACCUGAUCGAACUCUGUCGCAAGAAAAUACGACCUUACGCGGUCCACUGCGACAAGACCUACGAGUUCCCACGGGAGUCCCUGAACGCCCUGGCCGACAUGGGGCUGCUGGGUGUGAUCGUCCCGAAAGAGCUGGGCGGACUCGGGGAGAAUCACUUGGGCGCUGCCAUGGUGGUCGAGACUCUGGCCCGCUACGGCUGCCCCAGCACCGCCAUGGUCUACACUAUGCACCUGAGUGCCGUGGCGGCCCUGCUCUUCCGCUACCACAACAACCCGACGAUCCAGGACGUGCUGCGCCGCCUGGACAAGGACAGGCUGGUGGGGACGUUGUCCUACAGUGACCCGGCUACCGGCGGCCACUUCUGGUUCCAUCUAUCGUCCAAGUGUCGCCAGCUAGACGAAGACCAUGUAAAGCUGCUCAAUACGGGUCGUGGGUCACGUCUGCCGGAUUCGCAGACUGGUACUUCGUCCAGACAAUCAGCCCCGGCGUCAAGGCCGGUGAUUUCGCCGAUCUCUCCAACUUCCUCAUGAUGAAAGACGAGGUGCGAGCCAGUGCCAACGAGUGGCUUUCCCUGGGUUUGCACGGAAACCAGUCGGGACCGCUGAUUUGCGAGGGAAUCCUGCCUAACGACAGGAUG